AUGCGGUUGCCAGCAUGGCUUCCGCUGCUCCUUCUGACUGGGAUUGCCCAAGCGAGACCGCGCGACCACGGACAAAAUGACUAUUUUGCUUUCCACCUCCACCCUUCGGCAGUCCCUCAAGAGGUUGCUCGUCAAUUAGGGCUACAAUUUGAAGGUCAGAUUGGGGAACUGGCCCAUCAUUAUACCUUUUCGUGUCCGAAGAACUCUUGUCGAGAACUGGAGCAUUCUCUACAAGAAUUUCAGAGACGGAAGAAGCGAAGGCGACGGUCUCGGAAUAAGAGAAGUACACCAGCUUCGGAAACACAAAUACACCAUGAUUUGAGUGGCGUCCUUUGGUCAGAGAAGCAGCAGUUGCGCCAUCGCCAUGUCAAGCGAAUCCCUCCGCCGCCUCUUCCCGCCGUCCGUGUGCCCCAAGACGCAGCGGACUCGGAUUCGGGUCAGUCAGCGGACCAAGCGCAACAAGAAGCUAAUCAGCGCCUGAACACCAUCGCGGAGACACUCAAUAUCAAAGAUCCUAUCUUCAAGGAGCAGUGGCAUUUAUUCAACCCUUUGCAACUAGGCCACGACCUGAACGUCACAGGGCUUUGGCUUGAGGGCAUAACUGGUAAUGGCACGAUUUCUGCAGUUAUUGACGACGGGCUGGACAUGUACAGCAACGAUCUCAAGGACAAUUACUACGCGGAGGGCUCGUGGGACUUUAAUGACAAUUCUCCCGAACCGAAACCGCGACUUUUUGACGAUAAACAUGGCACACGCUGUGCGGGAGAGAUUGCAGCAGUUAGAAAUAAUGUUUGCGGAGUGGGAAUGGCCUAUGACAGCAAAGUUGCUGGUAUUCGGAUUCUGUCAAAACCCAUCACUGACGAAGAUGAGGCAAUAGCCAUCAACUACCACUACCAGGACAAUCAGAUCUACUCCUGUUCCUGGGGUCCGCCGGACGAUGGCGCAACCAUGGAAGCCCCAGGUAUCCUCAUCCAACGAGCCAUGGUGAACGGGAUACAGAACGGCCGAAACAGUCUCGGAUCCGUUUUCGUCUUUGCGGCCGGCAACGGGGCGGCGAGUCAGGACAACUGCAAUUUUGAUGGUUAUACAAACAGUAUAUAUAGCAUCACUGUCGGAGGCAUUGACCGCGCUGGCAACCAUCCCUACUACUCGGAAGCCUGCUCCGCUCAGUUAGUUGUGACUUACAGCUCUGGUCAUCAGGACGCAAUUCACACCACCGAUGUUGGGGUUGACAAGUGCUACAACGGGCAUGGCGGGACAUCAGCCGCGGGUCCCCUUGUCGUAGGCACGGUAGCCCUUGCUCUCAGCGUCAGGCCAGACCUUACCUGGCGAGAUCUGCAGUAUCUUUGUGUUGAGACCGCCAUCCCUAUACACGAGGACGACGGGAGCUGGCAGAACACGACCAUCGGCAAGAGAUUCAGUCAUGUCUACGGCUAUGGCAAGGUCGACGCUUACAAAUUCGUUGAGGCUGCUAAGUCAUGGGAGACUGUUAAGCCGCAGGCUUGGUUUUACUCGCCCUGGCUCAGCGUUCAGCAUAAGAUUCCAGAGGGCGAGCAAGGACUGGCUGCAAGUUUCGAGGUUACUGAUGAAAUGCUGAAGCAGGCCAACCUGGAAAGGCUCGAACAUGUCACUAUAACUAUGAACGUUGAGCACACCAGAAGAGGCGAUCUAAGUGCAGAUCUGAUCAGUCCCAGUGGAUUGGUCAGUCAUCUCGCUACCCCUCGUGGUCCAGAUGGAGCUGCAGAAGGAUAUGAUGACUGGACGUUCAUGUCAGUCGUCCAUUGGGGGGAGUCUGGGAUUGGCAAUUGGACCGUGGUCGUCAAAGACUCUCAACAGAACGAAUUCAAUGGGACGUUUAUCGACUGGCGUCUGAAUUUAUGGGGCGAAUGUAUCAAUCCCCAAAUCCAAAACCUUCAUCCACUUCCUGAUGAACAUGACGACGACCAUGAAACUACCACUGCCGUUGUUAGCACAACCAGUGUGGAACCAGGCGCGCCAGUCACUGAGCUUCCAUCAACACCUACAGACCACAUUGAUCGCCCUACCAAGCCGAAGCCUUCCGGGGCAACAGAUUCUGUCGUCAUUGUCACCGCUACCAACACGGUCUCAGUACCUGCUGCAACAGCGACAGUGACAGGUGAACCGACUGAACCAUACUCGGAUGGCUUCCUUCCACCAUUCUUCCCCACAUUCGGCGUGUCGAAGCGCACCCAGAUUUGGAUUUACGGCUCAAUCGUGUUGAUUAUCAUCUUCUGCAUUGGUCUGGGUAUAUAUUUCUUGGUUCAGCGGAGGAAAAGGCUCCGAAACAAUCCUCGCGACGCAUACGAGUUUGAGAUGGUUGGCGAUGUUGAUGAGGAUGAGCAACAAGGCUUGACCUCACAGGGAGGACGUGGAAAGGGGAGAGCUCGACGAGGUGGCGAACUGUAUGACGCUUUUGCGGGCGAGAGUGAUGACGACCUCUACAGUGAUGAAGAAACAUAUCAAGACACCCCGAGUAAUGACACAGGAACAGGGUCGAGGUCUGGGAGCUCCGAAGGCAAGGAAAGGGAGAAAUAA